UGCUUCUCAGAUUAGCUUGUUACUUUACUCAGAGGGCAGAGCAGGUAGCUGGUAGUUCCUCUUAUGGGAUUAGCUGUUAAAGACUGUGCUUUUUCCACGUCUUUAACAUGUGAAGCACAAAAUGCGAUGCUAUCUUCACACUUUUUUCCUUUUGACGCUCCUCACUUUCCUCUCGCUGCUGUACGUGUUUAGUCAACUAGCAUCCACCCUGGAUGGCAGGGACGAGCUGGGCGCAGGCGUCAUCCCCGGCAGGAGCAGUCAAGACAGCGGGCACCUGCUCAGGAAAAGACCGGGCCUGGUCGGCCUCCGAAGCCCCAGAGAAGAGCUGAGCAGGUGUAAAUCACUGUCAGUUUCUUACUGGAAUCCAUAUUGGAGACUGCCUGCUGAAGUUUGUGGAGUGAACUGCUUAUUGGAAUCAUCUCUUAGUGAGAAGCCAGGCUCCAUCUCAAAGAAACAUGGCGAUGAAGAAGCACGCACAAGUCAUGUGGCCGUGGUGGCCUGUGGCCCCAGGCUAGAGGAGACUCUCACCAUGGUGAAGUCUGCCGUCGUCCUCAGCAAAAAGCCUUUGCACUUCUACAUCUUUGCAGAGGAUGAACUCCACAACAGCUUCAGGGUUGCUCUGAAAGCGUGGCCUAGAGAAGUCCAAACAAAGUUCACCUUCACCAUCUACCCCAUCACGUUUCCUAAAGAAAAUGCAAAUGAAUGGAAGAAGCUCUUCAAACCGUGUGCCUCUCAGAGACUCUUCCUGCCACUAAUCCUGAAGGAGGUGGACUCGUUACUUUAUGUGGAUACGGAUAUUCUCUUUUUGCAGCCAGUAGAGGAUAUCUGGGCUUUGCUUUCUCUGUUUGAUUCAAGUCAUUUGGCUGCUAUGGCUCCAGAACACGAGGAGCCCCGCAUUGGCUGGUACAAUCGCUUCGCCCGCCACCCGUAUUAUGGAAAAACGGGCGUCAACUCAGGGGUAAUGCUGAUGAACAUGACACGCCUCAGGGAAAAAUACUUCAAGAAUGACAUGACAGCUGUUGCACUGAAGUGGGAAGAAAUGCUAAUGCCUCUUCUCCAAAAAUAUAAACUCAACAUCACCUGGGGUGACCAGGAUCUUCUUAAUAUAAUAUUUCACCAUAAUCCAGAAAGCCUGUAUGUGUUUCCAUGCCAGUGGAACUACAGGCCAGACCACUGCAUGUACGGCAGCAACUGCGCACAGGCUGAACGGGAAGGUGUCUUCAUUCUCCAUGGAAACAGAGGAGUUUAUCACAACGACAAGCAGCCAGCCUUCCAAGCCGUUUAUAAGACCAUCCAAAAGUAUCAGUUUGGUGAGAACUUGGAGACGUCACUCCUCAAGCCUCUGGAAGCUGCGCUGCAGAGCGCCGCUCAUACGUACUGUGGCAGAGCCAGUCCGCUGUUCACCAAGAGGUUAAAGGAGAGCAUCAGGUCUGUUCAGCAAAGAUGAUGGCCGUCACCCACUGAAGAACUCCACGAGGAGAGCCUGAUGUCUAUUUGGGGUUGAACUGAUGAGGACAUCAUCAUUCUCCACUCAGUCACAUGUUUACAAGCUAAGACGUGGUCUGACUCUCAGUUGUUCAUUUUCUUUGACUCCACUCUUGAUGAAUGUCAGUUUAUCCUUUUUUUUAAAGAGACAAAUAUUUUUCCAAAAUUAAGCAAAAAAAAACCUGAACCCAUUUUACCCUAAAGAAAUGUUGGACGUCAAGAAAAGCUUUUCUUCUACCAGACAAUCAGGUUUGACUGAUAUAUUCUUUAUAUAGAAAGCACAUUAAUUUGUAGUUUUCUGGAGAUUUUGAAUUACUUAAGAUCUUUUUAAAUUUUUAAUUUGCUAUAUUCAAAAGAAAAUUUUGUCAAUAUUGAAGAAUUUUUUUUGGUAUGAACCUAAAAAAUAUAUAUUUUUAGCAAGACACAUCAAGAGCCAAAUGUUAAUAUUUUCAUUCCAUAUCAUUUUAUUUGUAUUUAUUUUUUGGCAUCUGUGAUGUCUACUUUUAAAACUUUUGUUAAUCUGGUUUCUGGACAAACAUCUGAUCUGAUUUACCAGUAAAAGCACAUUUUUAUAGCCAUUGGGCAACAAGUGUGUUAUCAUUGGAGGAUGUAUAGAAAAAAAUGAAAUUAGAUCAAAAUCCGAUGUAAUGCAGUAUUGUGUGUUUAAUAUUUGGAAUGAUGUGGUAAAACAAGAGCAUCAGCAUAAAAAAGUUCAUGUUUUUUGCAACUUUUUUUAAAAUUUUUAUUUGUAACUUCUAAACUUGCAAAAACAAAGCGGUAUCAACUGUGUGGGUAAGAGCUCUGCUGUAAUAAAAAUCAUAAAACAUAUUAUUUAUAAAGCACCCUUUCAGAACUGCUAAAACAAAGAGAUAAAAACUGAGGCCUGGAAUGAUUUAAAGAAGUUUAACUAAUUAAUCGCAAACCUGGAAAAAAAUUAAUUUGCGAUUAAUCACAAUUAAAACAAUUUUUUUUUUUAGUUACAGUAUUUGUGAUCCAAUUUUUAUUUAUGAAUAAU